GGUUCAUCUGUGUAAGUAAAUAUAAACGACGCCGAAAACGAGAGACAUCAAUUAUGCAAGCCAUGGAGCAAAAGAUUAAAGCUCCCCAUGUCGUCCUCCUCGCAAGCCCCGGCAUGGGCCACCUAAUCCCCAUCGCCGAGCUCGCCAAACGCCUCGUCAUCCACCACAACUUCACCGCAACAGUUGUCACCUUUUCCGGCUUCUCUUCCCAAUCCCCGCAUCACCUUUCCCUCCUCUCCUCUCUUCCCGCCGGCAUCACCUCCCUAUCCCUCCCUCACAUCUCAAUCGACGAUCUCCCAUCUGACGCCCGUGCUAUGACCCCCAUCUCCACGACGAUUGCUCGCUCCCGCCCUCUCCUCCACGACAUCCUUCUCAACCUCAAGUCCUCCGGCACCCUCGCCGCCUUCGUGGUUGACAACCUCGGCCUCGCCGCGCUCCCCGUUGCUAAGGAAAUCGGCGUUCUUGGCUAUCUCCUCUUCACGUCCUGUUUCACCAUGCUCUCCGUAGAGCUCCACCUCCCUGAACUCUUGGACACGGUCACCUGCGACCUUCGUGACCAUCCCGACCCGCUUAGGCUCCCGGGCUGCAGCGAGAUAAGAGGCCGAGAUCUCCCCGAACCGAUACGCAACAGAUCUCACCCAGGCCACCGGCUCGCGAUAUAUCAGUCCAGUGUCUACAAGGAAGCCGCCGGCAUUUUAGUGAACAGCUUCGAGGCAUUGGAGCCGGGACCCGCGGAGGCCUUGAAAUCCGGAAGCCCGCCCGUUUAUCCAAUCGGGCCGCUGGUUAGGGCCCGGCCGUUGGAAUCCGCCGAUUGCUUGCGAUGGUUGGACCGGCAGCCGGAAGCGUCAGUUGUGUUUGUGUCGUUUGGCAGCGCGGGAGCGGUAUCGCGCGCGCAGGCGGAGGAGAUAGCGCUGGGGCUGGAGAUGAGCAAGAACCGAUUUUUAUGGAUGGUGAGGGUCGCCGGACAAGGGGAAAUUCCGGCGGCGCGAGUUUUGCCUGAGGGGUUCGUGGAGAGGACGAAGGAGGUUGGGAUGGUGGUGGAGGGAUGGGCGCCGCAGAUGUCGGUGUUGGGACACGUGGCCACCGGCGGGUUUAUCUCUCACUGCGGGUGGAAUUCGGUGCUAGAGAGUUUGGUGAAUGGGGUGGCAAUGGCGGCCUGGCCGUUGCAGCACGAGCAGCCGAUGAAUGCGAGGAUGCUUGUGGAGGAAGUGAGGAUUGCGGUGAGGGUGAGGAUGGGUGGAGAGGGUUUGGUGAGGAGAGAGGAGGUGUGUAGGGCGGUGAGAGAGUUGAUGGAAGGGGAGGAAACUGGGAAAGUAGCGCGGGCGAGGGCGAGGGCGAGGGAGAUGAGGGAAGCGGCGGCUAAGGCGGUGGAAGAGGAGGGGUCGUCGUGCAGGGCGUUUGCAGAGGUGGUCGGGCAGUGGAGAUCAUGUCUAAGUUAAGAACCAUGAUAUCUAAUGAUCAAUAAAGAUGCGUGUUAGGGUAAGGCAAGCAAGCUUAAUUGGCACAAGAACUCAAGAAGCAUGAAAAGAGUAGAAUAACAAAAUUAACUUGUGCUUGCUUAUGUAGCAUUUGUAUUCGUUGUCUAAAUUGUGCUUAACUGUCUUCCAUUUUACUAGUUGCUAGGUCUCUCUCUGUCUCUGUCACAUUGCAGCCUAAGAAAAAUCAAUAACGAUUUGUUUGUUUUCUCUAGUACUGUUUGUCUCCGCUUUCUCCAUAUUCUAAGGCAACUGUUUUCACGGUGUUUGCUUUAAA